AUGUACAGAAGACGGCAGCUGGGGCUCCGGGAUUUUGAUGCUGACUUGGCGUCGCUGCGGCAGGAAGGCCGACAAGAGUCCCGCGCCACGCGCGACGAACUGCGCCGUUCCAUGAUUCUCGAAGACGUCCAUGCCCAGAACGAACGGCAGAGGCAGCAGCAGCAGCAGCGGGCAUCUCCGUCGUCACCGCCGCGUCCAGGAAUGAAUGUCUCGAUGGCGGCGCGGAUUUUCGCGACUUCAAAGUCCGUCGGCUGCAGCGAUGAGCCAUCGGAGACACUUCCGCCGUGGUACGAGGGCGCGUACACGGUGCCGCUCGAGGCACCCGAAAACCCCGGAGCCUGCACCACCACUACCACCGCUACCACGGCAACAAGCUGCAGCAACACUGAUGAGGAAGAAGGGGGGGUGGAGGACGUGGCGCAGCGGGUGGCGCAGGCGGAGCGCACACUCUACCCGGCCCUCCUCGCCGCGGUGACGGACUGCAGCGCUCCCAAUGAGGAGGUGGAGGAGGUGGAGAAGGAAAUGUGUGGCGGCGUGAUCGUUGAGUGGGACGAGCAUGGCGCGCCUCUGCGGGUGCGUAGCACAUGCAUUGCAAGCACCCCGGCACCACGCUUGCCGCCAACAGCAACAUCGUUGGUGGAUGGAGUGAGCGAUUGCUUGAAGAGCGACGUGGUGCCGUCGGGGCGCACAGUAUCGUCGACCACGGCUACAGCAACAACCGCAGUGGUGAAUGAAAUAAGUUUCGACAAGGAACUUUGCGACCGGCUCUACGCGUACAACCCAAAAGAUGAUCCGUUAAAGUCAGCCCUCCUCAAGACGGGCCAAGAAGGCGGAGGUCGGCGCGUCAACUCCUGUGGCCCACCUGAACGUGGCAUGUUGCAGCCUCUAGAACGUGUGUUGCACAGUCGUGGCAGUGGCGCUGGCGGCAGUACAGGGACGCGCAACGGCAGGGCCCCCCAGCUCGCCAGAGAGGGAACGGCAGUUGCGGUGAGUGGCGCCAGCACCAUCGCUAAACGGAUCCGCCACGCCGUUUUGGCGCAGCGCACAUACAAUGAAGGGGAGGGGCGAAAAGGUGAGGGCUGCAGUAGUUCUCAAUGCCUCGGUAGCAACAGCGGAAGAAACAGUGGUGGUAGCGGCGGUGGGGGCUGUGCUGUGUUGCACGAGCCCGACAGAGUGGAGGUCGUUGUGACACAACUGGUGAAGCCUGUCACGGCGUACUUUUGCCCUGCGUGUGGGACAUGCGCCGCUCGUGACGUCAUGACGGGUCUGCCGGACACGUGUGUGUCGUGUGGUGAGGCCUUUGAGGCGAUGACGCCGCCACCACUACCGCAGCCACAGCGUGUAGACUCACGUGGCGGAGACGAUGUCUGCCUUUGUAAGACGACAGAAGCGGCGGCGGGGGCUGCUGCGGCUCCCACCAAGCCGGCAAAGGAGAAGUGCACAGCAUCAACCUCAACGGAAGCCGCUACCACCACCACCACCACCACAAUUGCCACUGCCACUACCACUACCGCUGCGGGCACGCAGGCGGGUGGCAGACCUGGCCUGCAACCCCUCGCUCCCACUGUGCACGGGCUCUACUUUCUCCACCUUUGGGACCAGGCCACCGCUAUUCGCUGA